AUGGAGAUUGAUUCCGAUAUUUUAAACCCUCAAUGUCAAGAUAGUCACGCCAUUGCCCAGUAUGUCUGUCUCAAAUAUGAAGAAGAUUACAAGUCGCAAAAAUUAUAUCCGACAGAUUUGCAGAAUCAAGCAAAAGUCAAUUCGCUCAUGUAUCUUGAAUCAAAUUGCUUUUCAAAAAUCUACAAUUACGUGCACUUAGGACUGUGGUUGAGUGAUCAACCACCAAGAAAAGACAGAUUGAAUGAUGUUUAUUCGAGUUUGAAUAGUUUGGAAACAAUACUUGAGCGAAGCAAAUUUCUUGCCGAUGAACAUCCAACAUUGCCAGAUCUCAGCCUAGUGUCUGAUAUUAAACUUUCAGAUUUGUUUGCUAUUGCAACAGUCAACUUGCUCGAUGUGGCAAAAUUCAAUGACUACCAGAAAUAUCCCCAUCUUGUGGCGUGGAAACAAAGAAUGCAGCAACUUCCACAUUACGAAGAAAGCGUUGGGAAGCACUUUCGAGUGAUAAAUGAUUUCUAUCAGUCGAAAGCUUAUUUAAACCUUCCUAAAAAUGAUUAUUGGGGCAUAAAAUAA